CGCCCCGGGAGCAUCCUCUCAUGCCUCCGCGCAGUCGCGCCUCGCUCUCGCCAAGCGCUUCCAGCCUCUGGGGCAAGUUCGGGCGGGUGUUUGAUCUGGUAUAAUUUCGGUUCAGGACUUGCGGCGGGCCAGAUGAAAUUAAGCGACGGGCCGCAUCCGGGGGUCUGUUUGAUGACUUCGAAGAACUGCAGGUUUCAACUGGGAUAGGCAAUUGAGACGCUAGCAAACAAGCAUUUUACGCCACACCAGAACUUGGGAGCAUGGCUACGAGCAAUGGAAACAGUGACUCGAUAGUUUUGAGCAAUGGCAGCAUUCCAAGCAACACAAACCCAGAUCUCCUCUCAACCAGCGAUGGCACGGUCACCGUCCAAAACCUCCCACCCAAGGAAACCACAGGAAGAACAGUGAGUGCAAAUGGGUGCCUUCAGCUCAAUGGCAUGCUCAAAGCAUCAUUUCUGCCUGUAGAUGACCAAAGACCUCCGCAGGUGUUGCCGCAGUGCUGUCGCCCUUGUCCAUUUCAUCAUCCACGAAAUAGCCAUAGCAACCUUCAAGAAUGUCUCUCUCUGGCUGGCCACCCAGCACCAUCUCCAGUAACUUCCUGCUGUCCUAACCCUCACACUGAAUAUUCCGCCUCUGCUUGCCCCAAACACCCUCCCUUGUAUCCGCCUGCCUGCUGCCUUCAGUCUUCGCCCUCAUUCUGCCUACAUCAGUGGCCAGAACAUUUUCAGCACCAGCCUGCACAGCAACAUAUAUCCAGUAUACGGCCAGCAAGAACAUUAACAUUGCCCAAAAGCUAUGCAGCUCUGAUAGCUGACUGGCCUGUAGUGGUUUUAGGCAUGUGCACUGUAUUAAUUGUGGUGUGUGCAUUGGUUGGAAUCCUAGUCCCAGAUCUUCCAGACUUCUCUGAUCCAUUAUUGGGUUUUGAGCCAAGAGGAACUGCUAUAGGUCAAAGACUGGUCACUUGGAAUAAUAUGGUGAAAAACACCGGCUAUAAAGCAACCUUAGCAAACUACCCUUUUAAGUAUGCAGAUGAGCAGGCUAAGAGUCAUCGAGAUGGCAGAUGGUCAGAGGAUCACUAUGAGAGAGAGAGAAGGGAAGCAGACUGGAAUUUCCACAAGGACAGCUUUUUUUGUGACAUUCCAAGCGAUCGCUAUUCCCGGGUGGUGUUUACUUCAGCAGAUGGAGACAACUUGUGGAAUUUACCUGCUAUAAAAUCAAUGUGUAGUGUGGAUAAUUUGAGGAUACGAUCCCAUUUUCAGUUCGGCGAUCUCUGCCAGAGGACCACUGCUGCGUCAUGCUGUCCCAGCUGGACCAUAGGCAAUUAUAUCGCUAUUUUAAACAACAGAUCAUCCUGUCAAAAGAUUGUGGAGAGAGAUGUUUCUCACACGCUGAAGCUGCUCCGUACAUGUGCCAAAUACUACUACAAUGGGACCCUGGGGCCAGAUUGCUGGGAUAUGGCAGCCAGAAGGAAGGACCAGCUCAAGUGUACGAAUGUGCCUCGUAAAUGUACAAAGUACAACGCAGUUUACCAGAUCCUCCACUACCUGGUGGAUAAAGAUUUUCUAAGCCCAAAGACCAUGGACUAUACCUUACCAGCUUUAAAGUACAGCAUGCUCUUUUCACCUACUGAAAAGGGGGAGAGCAUGAUGAAUAUUUACUUGGAUAACUUUGAGAACUGGAACUCUUCUGAUGGAAUAACCACCAUCACAGGGAUUGAGUUUGGAAUAAAGCAUAGCUUGUUCCAAGAUUAUCUUCUAAUGGAUACCGUGUAUCCUGCUAUAGCCAUUGUGAUUGUCCUUUUAGUCAUGUGCAUCUAUACCAAGUCCAUGUUUAUCACACUGAUGACCAUGUUUGCAAUAAUUAGUUCCCUGAUUGUUUCUUACUUCCUUUAUCGGGUAGUAUUUAAUUUUGAUUUUUUCCCCUUUAUGAACCUUACUGCACUGAUUAUUCUUGUCGGCAUUGGAGCAGAUGAUGCUUUUGUCCUGUGUGACGUGUGGAACUACACCAAAUGUGAUAAGUCCCACGCUGCAACCUCCGAGACAGUGAGCAUCACCUUGCAACAUGCCGCCCUUUCCAUGUUUGUCACCAGUUUUACCACCGCUGCUGCCUUCUAUGCCAAUUAUGUCAGCAAUAUUACCGCGAUCCGAUGUUUUGGUGUGUAUGCUGGCACCGCCAUAUUGGUGAAUUAUGUCCUAAUGGUAACGUGGUUACCUGCAGUUGUCGUGCUACACGAACGGUAUUUGCUCAAUCUAUUUAGUUGCUUCAGAAAGCCUCAGGCAAGGGUGUACAGUAACAAAAGCUGCUGGAUGGUGCUGUGCCAAAUGUUCCGUAAGGUUGUUUUUGCAGGUUCAGAAGCAUCAAGGAUCUUCUUUGAAAAAGUGUUGCCAUGCAUUGUUAUCAAGUUUCGCUAUAUCUGGCUGAUCUGGUUCCUAGCCUUAACUGUCGGGGGUGCUUACAUAGUGUGUGUGAAUCCAAAGAUGAAGCUGCCAUCGCUAGAGCUUUCGGAAUUUCAAGUGUUCAGGUCUUCUCAUCCUUUUGAACGCUACGAUGCAGAAUUCAAAAAGCUCUUCAUGUUCGAGCGUGUGCAUCAUGGGGAGGAGCUUCAUAUGCCCAUCACUAUUGUCUGGGGGGUGUCUCCUGAGGAUAGUGGGGACCCCCUAAAUCCCAAGAGUAAGGGAAAGCUGAAAUUAGACAGCACAUUCAAUAUUGCAAGCCCCGAGUCGCAGCUCUGGAUUUUGAAAUUUUGCCAGAAGCUGAGGAAUCAGACCUUUUAUUAUCGAACAGAAGAGCAAGAUUUCACAAGCUGCUUUAUUGAAACAUUCAAGCAGUGGAUGGAAAAUCAGGACUGUGAUGAGCCUGCUCUUUAUCCCUGCUGCAGCCACUGGAGCUUUCCCUACAAACAGGAGGUUUUUGAAUUAUGUAUCAAGAGAGCCAUCAUGGAGCUUGAUAGGAGCACAGGGUACCAUUUAGACAGCAAAACACCUGGCCCCCGAUUUGACAUAAAUGAUACCAUCAGAGCUGUGGUACUGGAGUUCCAAAGCACCUACCUCUUCACCUUGGCCUAUGAAAAAAUGCAUCAGUUUUAUAGAGAGGUGGAUACCUGGAUUUCAGAUGAACUGAGCACCGCUCCUGAGGGCCUCAGCAGUGGUUGGUUUGUGAGUAAUCUAGAAUUCUAUGAUCUGCAGGACAGUCUCUCUGAUGGUACUUUGAUUGCCAUGGGCCUUUCCGUUGCUGUUGCUUUCAGCAUAAUGCUGCUUACAACUUGGAAUAUUAUAAUAAGCCUUUAUGCAAUAGUCUCAAUAGCAGGAACCAUUUUUGUUACUGUUGGAUCUUUGGUUCUUCUGGGCUGGGAGCUGAACGUGUUGGAGUCUGUCACCAUUUCUGUCGCUGUUGGCUUAUCGGUAGACUUUGCUGUCCAUUACGGAGUCGCCUACCGCUUGGCUCCUGAUCCUGAUCGAGAAGGAAAAGUCAUCUUCUCCCUCAGCCGCAUGGGUUCAGCUAUUGCAAUGGCUGCCCUGACCACAUUUGUAGCUGGUGCAAUGAUGAUGCCUUCUACAGUUUUAGCAUAUACUCAGCUCGGCACCUUCAUGAUGCUCAUAAUGUGCAUUAGCUGGGCUUUUGCAACUUUCUUUUUCCAGUGCAUGUGCCGUUGCCUUGGGCCCCAAGGUACCUUUGGUCAGAUCCCUCUACCAAAACAACUGCAAUGUAGCGCCUUUUCACAGGCAUUGUCACCAAAGCAAGGAGACGGGGAACAAACCAAAACUCAUGCUGCCAGUAAAUAUCAGUUGGACUUCAGAGGAAAACACUCAGACAUGGAGCAUGAGCAUGAACAUUAUGAGCUAGAGCCUUUAGCAAGCCAGGCCAACAACUGCAUGGUGACAGAGAGGCGAACAUAUGAAGAAACACACGUCUGCUCUGAGCUCUUCAAUGGUAGACUUGCCAGUGGACGUUCUCUUCUCCAGCCAGCCUGUAAGAAUGAACUGAACCUAAAUGGUAAAAGUGAAUCUGGCUCAGCUGGGACAUCUUCUGGUGAGCAAGUUACUGCUUGUCACCUGCUGUGUCAAAACCAACAGUGCUCUUGUUCAGAUGCAUACAAACCUGUGGCCAUGAAAUGGAGCCCCUUCCCGUGUCAGCAACUGAAUGACACUUUAUACUGUCAUUGCUCUCCAUCUUCUGGAAAUGUGCACAUCCAGAAUUCUGUAGUUCCCAUUAAUGCCUUGCAUCAUUCUUCAGAUGGUUAUGCUAACACAGUCCAGCAUGUUUUCCAAUGCAGUUGUCUUCAAGGAAGAUUGAAAAGACCCCCCGUUCAGAAUUCACUCCCCAGAAACAUAUUUCUCCACUCAGUGCCCCAUUUUCAGUCCCACAGCCUUCCCAAUACUGAGGAGAACUUGAGAACUCUUCCAAAGGAAGCAAAUUCUUCUCCAUUCAUCUGCCAAAGUGCUGGUUUGCUCCCAAGGUCUUGUUGUGAAAUGGACAGAAGCAGGUGUAAUAAUCAGAAGGGACUCUGUAAUAACUACAGAGACAAAUGGGACGCUAGGAUCACUGAAGUCAAUGGAAAUGAAAGCAUGAUUUCUGCAUCAAAGCAAAACAAGCAAGCCGAAAUGGAGGGAGUCCAGGAUCUACUGCAAACUGCUCCGGGUACAAAGGCUAUCCAGAAUGAGUGGAAAUGUAUGGAAAACAAUACAGCAAUUGAGCCUGGUUAUGAGCCUUGCCCUGAAAAUCCACAAUAUUGUCACCAAACCAUAACAACCAAGUGCAAUUCUGUUGAGUGUCAUAUGCCAAACUCUGAAGUCCAUGUGCCUGUUCUGUUAGCACACCCAGAACUUUCUAACGAAAGUUUGCUAAUAAAAACAUAAUAAAUCUUAA